AUGUUGACCGCAUCCCUCAAGGUUGCCCUGUUGGCAUCAGCCAGUCUGAUUGAAGCCCGGUCUGCUCUCAAUAUAAAUCACCUCCACGGCGGCGUAUUACACAGACGUCAAAACACCGAUUUGACAGCAACAGUCCUUGCCGCUAAUGCUAUCCAAACUGGAUCCUUUUUGGAUGGAAGCAACGAGAUCGGAGCGGCUGAAGUUGGUCAAGCCUUGUCCAAGACUUCCACCAACAACUUCAUCAACAACUGUUCCGGAAAGACCCUCACCAAUGGCCUCCAGAUCGUGGCGGGGUCCUGCAAUGGAAUUCCCAUGGGGGACAUUCCCGCUAAGACAGCCAUGGUCUCUUCCAUCAUUAUCUCUCCCGUAGAUGCUAGCGCUACCAUCCAGUCUGAUACUACAUUCAACAUCACUGUUCAGGUGGCAAAUCUAGUCGCUGGAUCUUUCACCAAUGCUGAUGCCACCUACUAUUCAGCUCCUCAGCAACUCCAAGGCGGUCAAGUCGUGGGCCACACACACGUCACUGUACAGGAUAUGGGCGCUUCCCUCAACCCUACAACUGCUUUGGACCCCACACAGUUUGCCUUCUUCAAAGGAAUCAACGACGCCGGUAACGGAAAGGGCCUGCUCCAAGCUACCGUGACCGGUGGUCUCCCAGCAGGUAACUACCGAGUCUGCACCAUGGCGUCCGCUUCGAACCAUCAGGCUGUCUUGAUGCCUGUCGCACAGCGAGGGACAGCUGACGAUUGCUCCAAGUUCACUGUUGUUGGGAGCGGAACCACCGCGAAUGCGGCUUCUAACGACGGCUCUGGAGGUGAAGCUGCAGCGGCUGCCGCUCAAAGUGCUGUUGACAAUCCAGGCCCGACUGGCGCAGUGGUUGAGGGAAACGGGGCUUCAAGUUCAACAUCCGUCGCCUCGGCUACAACUAAGGCUGGAAAAGGAGCCAAGGUUCAGUCUUCAGUCUCUGUCACGACUUCUGCAGCUGUGAAAGUGGCUCCAUUCUCGAACACCACAUCCAUUGCCGCUUCAGCCACCGCUAUUGCUGGAAAUGGCGGAAAGGGUGGAAAAGGAGCUCAAGCUUCAACCACCGAAGCUGACUCGGGAUCAGUCACCCUACCCUCAGCCGGCUCGGCCUCAUCCCCCACGAAAGUCUCGGGCGGGGGGAAAGCAGUCAAUUCCCAAGGAUCAUCAAGCGGAGGAAUCGUCGCACAAAAAGUAACCGUCAUCGAAACAUUCUUCAUCUUCGUCAAGUCCCUCGGCGGCCUCCCACCGUCCGUCAGCAAGCAAGGAGAAUCCUUCUUCUGCUUCGGCGAACUCUUCGAUGACAUCUCUUCUGCUGCUUCUGCAGCCUGUGGUCACCAAUUCGACGCAUGUGCGAGUUUCUCUGGACCGGGCUUUUCGUUCGAGGAAUGCGCGAGCCAGAAAGACGACUGCGGAUCCGCUGCUUCUGUUGCUAGCGCUCCACCUGCUCCGUCAACCGUUACUGCGACUGUGACGGUUCCGGUGAGCGCUACUGUUACCGGCUCUGUUAUUUCUGAGACUACCGUCUCGGUGUCUGCCUCCAGUGUAGCUGGUAACGUUGCAGCAGUACAAACAUCCAGCGCCGUUGCAUCAUCCGAGACCACAAGUGCCAAAGAAAGCAGUACUCCUUCCGCUGCAAAGGUCGCUUCACCUCUUCCCCCAUUCUCCAACUCCACCGCAAAAGCCACAGGUACCUCUUCGGCAAACAGCGCAAGUUCAACAUCAACUUCCACAUCCAGUUCUUCAGCGCUUGGCGGUAUCGCCGCACCGCCUGUGACAAACACCGGGGAUUCGACGAGACCUUUUUCAGUAAACGGGAACACGUUUGUGGCUGAGGCGGCUGCGGUGCAGAGGAGUUGCGAUGUGCAGUUUAAUGCGUGUGCGAAUGCUGUUAAUGGGGGAACGCUGAGUGGAGUUACGGUUGCAGAUUGUCAGACGCAGAAAAAUGCUUGCGGGCAAUAG